AGAAGCACCAAGGCGGCGGGAAACACAGAAGUAGGGCUUCGCAGUUGGAACAUAGCAACUAGCAAGCACAUAACAAGCGGCUUCGAGCAACCACCGCAGUGACGCCGACGAACUAGCGAGGUUUCUGCCACACCGCGAGCCGCUGCUCUCCCGUCGCAGAAGCAGCGGCGAAGAUGGUUAAGUCCUACCUCAGAUACGAGCCGGUCGCAGUGUUUGGGGUGGUAGUUUCAAUUGAAUCCAACAUCAGCUUCGACAGCUCCGGAAAAUUCCUCCUCACCCCUGCCCUUGAAAACCUCGCCAUUUGGAAUGUUAGACAGGGCAUCUGCUCUAAGGCCCUCUCCCCCUCUCCCGUAUCUCAUGGCCCCUCACUUGCCGUCACUGCCAUCGCUUCCUCUGACUCCUCUUCGAUAGCAAGUGGUUAUGCGGAUGGGAGUAUAAGGAUUUGGGAUUGUAUUAAAGGAACUUGUGAGGUCACACUGAAUGGGCAUAAAGGUGCAACUACCGCUCUUCGUUACAAUAAGCUUGGUUCUCUGCUCGCUUCCGGAAGCAAGGAUAACGAUGUUAUCGUGUGGGAUGUCGUCGGCGAGGCCGGACUUUUCCGUCUUCGUGGGCACCGGGAUCAGGUGACCGAUGUUGUUUUCUUGGAAUCCGGUAAAAAGCUAGUUAGUUCUUCCAAGGACAAGUUCUUGAGAGUGUGGGAUCUUGAAACACAACAUUGUAUGCAAAUAAUUAGUGGUCAUCAUAGUGAAAUUUGGUCUAUAGAUGUUGACCCAGAGGAGAGAUAUUUGGUUACUGGGUCGGCGGAUCCCGAACUUAGGUUUUACACGAUAAAGCAUGAGUUGGUUGAUAGAGAAACUUCCGCGAACUCAAAUGGUUCUGAAAUUGUAAACAAUGGGGAUGAUGCUGCUGGAAACAAAUGGGACGUCUUGAAGCCAUUUGGUGAAAUCCAGCGGCAAAGCAAGGAUAGGGUUGCCACUUUGAGAUUUAAUAAGUCUGGAAGUCUACUUGCAUGUCAAGUGGCUGGGAAGACAACAGAUAUAUUCAGGGUUUUGGAUGAGGCUGAAUCCAAGCGUAAAGCUAAGAGGAGAAUUCACCGGAAAGAGAAGAAGUCAGCAAAAGGGGCUCGGGAGGUAACCGAAAAUGGGGACAGAAAUCCUGUUGCUGGAGAAGAAGGAAAUGUCCCUGUUGUAGUUUCUGAUGUUUUUAAGCUUCUUCAAACUUUACGUGCUAGCAAGAAGAUAUGCUCCAUUGCUUUCUCCCCGAUUGCUUCAAAGAACUCACUUGCCACACUAGCGUUGUCUCUGAACAAUAAUUUGCUGGAGGUGUAUUCUGUUGAAAGCAGCACAUCCACAAAAAUCCUUUCUAUUGAGCUUCAAGGGCACCGUUCCGAUGUUAGAAGUGUUACACUCAGCUCAGAUAAUACUCUCUUGUUGUCAACUAGUCACAAUGCUGUAAAGAUAUGGAAUCCAAGUACUGGUUCUUGCCUUCGUACUAUUGACUCUGGAUAUGGUCUUUGUAGUUCAUUUGUUCCUGGUAACCGGUAUGCAAUUGUUGGUACUAAAAGUGGGACACUGGAAAUCAUUAAUGUUGGGAGUGGCACAUGUACUGAAGUUGUAGAAGCUCACGGUGGCUCUAUACGGUCAAUUGCAACAACUCCAGAUGGAAGUGGUUUUGUCACAGGAAGUGCAGAUCAUGAUGUUAAAUUUUGGGAGUAUCAGAUUAUGCAGAAUCCUGGUCAGGAUUCUACGCACCUCACUGUGGCAAAUGUAAGGACUCUGAAAAUGGAAGAUGAUGUUCUUGUUGUUGCAGUGAGUCCUGAUGCCAAAUACAUUACUGUUGCCCUGUUGGAUUGCACAAUAAGGGUAUUAUUUAUGGACUCACUGAAAAACUUCCUCUCUCUAUAUGGUCACAAACUUCCUGUGCUUUGCAUGGAUAUUUCAUCAGAUGGAGAUCUAUUAGUUAGUGGUUCUGCAGAUAAAAAUUUGAAGAUUUGGGGUCUAGAUUUUGGGGAUUGUCACAAAUCUAUUUUUGCUCAUGCAGACAGUGUUAUGUCAGUGCAAUUUGUGCGUAAUACCCAUUAUGUGUUUAGUGUGGGGAAAGAUCGCCUUGUUAAAUACUGGGAUGCUGAUAAAUUUGAGUUGCUUUUGACUCUUGAAGGGCACCAUUCUGAAGUUUGGUGUCUCUCAAUCAGCAACCGAGGUGAUUUUGUUGUAACAGGAUCCCAUGACAGAUCUAUACGUCGUUGGGACCGCACUGAAGAACCCUUCUUUAUUGAGGAAGAGAAAGAGAAAAGGUUGGAAGAGAUGUUUGAGUCUGACCUUGACAACUCAUUUGAGAGUAGAUAUGCACCAAAGGAAGACCUCCCAGAAGAGGGAGCUGUGGGCAUAGCAGGGAAGAAAACAAAGGAGACCCUUACUGCAACUGAUUUGAUUAUUGAUGCAUUAGACAUGGCAGAGGAAGAGUUGAAACGAAUGGCUCAGCAUACGGAGGAGAACGAGGGUGGAAAGGCAACUGAUUUUCUUCCAAAUGUUAUGAUGCUUGGUAUCUCUCCAUCUGAUUAUGUUCUUCAUGCAAUUUCAAAUGUUCACACCAAUGAUCUGGAGCAGACACUGCUGGGAAAAUUGGAGUUCUAGUGUAGUAACAUAAAGAUGGAGUGGAUUCUAUAGCAGACCUGGAGUGAACUGGACAGACAGACUUUUGGACUGCAAUCCAGCAAUUCUUUUGGUUUUAGAAACACUGGUUGUCAGAUUUUUCAACAGAAGUGAUGGGGUGGUUUUCAGCAAUUCAGCAGUUCACCUUCUCUUACAUGAAUCUUGGUUAACACUUCUCAAAAAAAAAAACACUUUCUCUCUUUAUUUGGAAGAGAUUGGGAGGCACCAUCUGUAGUUGCACACCUUUUUAGAUCUUCCAUAAUGAGCUGCUCCACACCCAAAGGCAAAAGAUAUUGACAUAUUGUGGCAAUGUUCAAGAGGAGCAGUUUUAUGGGGGUUGUUGAGUUAGAGGAAUGCCAGAAUUUUCAUGGAUCAGUAUAAGCAAGUAGAGGGGAAGCAAUAGAAUUCACCAUGAUUAGGGCUGGUGUUAUUGAUAAAAAAAAAAAAGAUUAGGGCUGCUGUAUGUUGGUCUUUGUGGGAAGAAAGAAAUAGCAAAGUUGGUCCAGGUCAAGAGGAUCAUCAGUCCUUGGAUCCCCCCUCCUGCUGGGUAUAUAAAAUUAAACUUUGAUGGCAGCAGCAUUGGGAAUCCAGGACAAUCAGGAAUUGGAGGGGUUUUCAGAAAUGAGGAAGGGAAUACUAUAGCCCUUUUCUCUGGCCCAAUUGGAGAGGGUGACUCUCUCAGGGCUGAGAUAUCAGCAGCCUUGGAAGGGAUGCAAAGAGCAAGAGAACUGGAUAUUAGGAGACUGAUUCUUGAAGGAGAUUCGGAGAUAGUAGCAAGUUGGUUAAAGGAAGACAAGCCUGGUUUGUGGAAAUACAACAAUGAGAGGAAAAAAAAUAAAUGGCUGGCAAAGGAUAUUGAAAUUAUGUACAGCUGGGUUAAAAGAACUGCAAAUUUUUUUUCUGACAGGUUAGCUAAGCAAGGGGUGUAUAGGGCUUCUUUCUAAUUCUGUUCUUUUUUGCUUGUGGGGGAGUUAAGACAGUUUACCUCCCUCUGUUUUAUUGUAAUACUUCCUAAUUAAUCUCAACGAAAUUCUGUCAUUGAUAAACAAAAAAAAUCACCAUGAUAAGAAUUGCUCACUGGGUUUAAUAUGAUGAGUUCAAAGGAAUUACCCCAAGUGACAUUCUAAGAGGCUGGUAGCCAUGGAUGAUUUCCAGAUCAGGAGGCAACAAAGCAUAGCAAAUUGGAUUGCCCCAGUUGUAGUGAAGCUUAAAUUUAAUUUUGACUGGUGUUAUUUGCGAAACCCAGGGUUGUCAGGGACUCAGGUGUGCGAGGAGCUGUCAGGGACUCAGGUGUGCGAGGAGCUGUUAGGGACCAUUCUGGCAACAUAAUCCUCAGCUUCUCAGUAUCAAUUGGACAAGGUAAUUCUUUGUGGGAUGAAGUAUUGGCUUUAAUUCAAGGUCUGAAACUGAUGAAGGUGCAGGAAAUGAAAGAUGCAGAAGAAACAAGGGGUGGAAGAAACAAAAUUGUAACAUUGAUUAAGAGUUUGAGGAGAGUUAAGAGGGUUUACCUCUCCUCCUUUGUAUUCACAUUUGUACUCUGUUUUAAAAUUCUUAAUGAAAGAUGCAGUUAUUGAUAAAAAAGUGAAAGAUGUGGAAGUGGAGGGUGACUACCAAACUGUAGUUUCUUGGAUGGAAGCUUGAGCAUUAAUCCCUCUGGAGUUUAGACACCUGGUGAGUCAGGCAAACUAUCAAGGUGCCUCUUGAACAUCUCAUUCAACUGGGUCCAUGGAAGUGCAAACAUGAUGGCGGGUUCUUUGGCAAGCGCAGGGGUGAUGAUGAGCAGCUACUUUGGGGUUAUUCUGGGCUGGGAUGUAAUAUGUACCAGGCUUUAGUUGUUUAUGUUUAAUUUUUGAUGUAUCAAGGCUCCAUUGUUGGGUGGUGUUAAUGAAAUAUUUGUUACUUGUAUAUAUGUUCUUUAAUAUAUUUUAUGGGUCAUUGGGGGAGCCUGUGACUGUGGUGUUUACCUAUAACCUGGCUGCCUUGCUGUGGUGUGUUUGUGAGUGGUCCUGAUUUGAGCAUACAGUUGGUACUAUAUACACUCUUGCUCAUUCUUGGAUUUUAACUUGGGUACUGU